GUGGCAUCCAUCACGGCGGACUUGACGGUCGGACAGGUGGGAGCUCCGGUUUGACGAGCUGCUGCUGCUGCUCACAAUACGGAGAAACUAUUGAACUCAACGAUAACAUAGAAAACACGCUCCGGAGGGUCCGAACCACGUUUAUGGCCGUUUAUGAGUGAACAAUGACCGCAAAAGAAGGCAGAAACUGCGCAGUCAUCGUUUAACGGGAGCGGCGACCUGAGCAGAUAUGCCCGCUGACGACAAGGUCGCCAUCCUGUCCGAUGACGAGGAGGAGCAGAAGGGGAAGUAUGUGCUGGGCAAGCCGGCGGGCGCUUCUGCUCCGCCGCCGCCGCCGCCGCCGCCGGACGCCCCCUCAGACGGCGCCUCUGACGGCGCCUCGGACACGGCGCCCGAGCAGCCGGCGGCGCACAUAGACUGCUGCGAGAGGAUGUGCCUCCGCAUCAACAGCCGCCUCCUCGUCUCCAAAGUCUUCUACUUCUUCUUCUUCGCCGCCUACGGCUCGCUGCACCCUCUGCUGGCCGUGUACUACAAGCAGCUCGGCAUGUCGGCCAGCCGCAGCGGGCUGCUGGUCGGCAUCCGCUACUUCAUCGAGUUCUGCAGCGCCCCCUUCUGGGGGUUGGUGGCGGACCGCUUCCAGAAAGGGAAGGCGGUGCUGCUGUUUUCGGUCGUGUGCUGGUUGGUCUUCAACUGCGGCAUCGGCUUCGUGAAACCGGCUCAGAUGGUGUGUGAGGAGAUGGGUGCUGAAGCGACGACGGCGGCGGCGCCCAUGACGACGAUGCUCCCGCUGGAUAACUUCACGCAGUUGAGCAACUCCACCAACUCCAUCAACUCCUCCUCCAACCACACCAGAAGUCGCCGGAGCUUUCUGAACCUCGAUUGGCUUCCUGAGAUCCUGGACUCCUAUAUAGGCGUUCAUCACCGGCACGAGCGAAGCAUAGACGCCAACGCUACUUCUCCGCUGGAGAACACCACCCUACUUGUGCCGGACACCACCCCGCUGGUGCCGAACACCACCCUACUUGUGCCGGACACCACCCCGCUGGCGCCGAACACCACCCUACUUGUGCCGAACACCACCCCGCUGGCGCCGAACACCACCCUCCCCGCCACCACGACCACAACCUCCCCAGCUCCGACCAAAGCCAAGGACUACCAGAUCGUCUACAACAAGGACCAGGUGGAGACCAUCUUCCUGCUCAUCCUGCUCCUCAUCAUCGUGGGCGAGUUCUUCGCAGCCCCCACCCUCACCAUCGUGGACACCGUCACCCUGCAGAACCUCUGCAAGGCUCGCGACCGCUACGGCCUGCAGAGGAUGUGGGGCUCGCUGGGCUGGGGUCUGGCCAUGCUGCUGGUGGGCAUCUGGAGCGACCACACGUACUUCACCGUGGAGCUCGUCGGCACGGGCUGCACCGUGCUCAGCCUCCACAACUACAAGAUCGCCUUCAUCGCCUUCGGGGUGCUGAUGGCCGUGGCGUUCGUCGUCGCCACACAGUUUCACUUCGGGAACGGUGCCGACUACCAGCAGGAGCUUUCAGAGGGGGUGGCGGCGGAGGACGAGGGACCCCCCGGGGCACUGCCCGAGUCCUCGGACCCGACUCCCGCCGGCCCCGACGCUGCGCAGGAGUUCCACUACAGCGACCUGCUGAAGCUCCUCUGCAGCGUGCGCUACAGCUCCGUCCUCUUCGUGGCCUGGUUCAUGGGCUUCGGCUACGGCUUCGUCUUCACCUUCCUGUACUGGCACCUGGAGGACCUGGGGGGCACCACCACGCUGUUCGGGGUCUGCUCCGUCGUGAGCCACGUCUCAGAGCUCACCGCCUACUUCUCCAGCCACAAGUUCAUCGAGCUGGUCGGCCACAUCAGGGUGCUGUACAUCGGGCUGGCCUGCAACACCAUUCGCUACCUGUACAUCUCCUACCUGAAGAACGCCUGGACUAUCCUGCCCAUGGAGGUCCUUCAAGGUGUGACCCACGCCUCGGUUUGGGCAGCCUGCAUCUCCUUCCUGAGUGCGGCGGUGCCUCCGGCCCUGAGGACGUCGGCGCAGGGCAUCCUGCAGGGCCUCCACCUGGGCCUGGGCCGCGGCUGCGGGGCCAUGGUGGGCGGGGUGUUCGUCAACUACUUCGGCGCUGCGGAGACGUUCAGGGGAAUCGGCAUGGCGUCCCUCGUCAUCCUCCUCGUCUUCGCCCUCAUCCAGUGUCUGAGUGGAGAGGCCGAGGGGAAAGAGGACAAGAUGCUGGCGGAGAACAUCCCGGUUCCCUCUAGCUCGGUUCCCAUCGCCACCAUCGACCUGGUGCAGAGCCGGUCCGCCGCCGGUAGCCCCGCCCCCGUUAGCAAGGCGGCCGCGUCCCCCGUGAGGAAGACCAAACACCAGGAGGACCAGGAGGACGUGAACAGGCCGGCCUGGGUGCUCUCCGGCGCCCCCUGGGUCACCGUGGUCUUCGCCAUCGUCCAGGUGAAGGAGAUGAUGAAGAAACGGGCGCCAGAGACGCAACCGCUGCAGACAGGCACCUGACGUCCAGGCGGCGGCUGGCGAUGACGGCACAGACACACCCACGCAGCCGAACGCCGCAGACUCGUAACGAGGACAAAAAACAAACGCACCCCGUCAGACGGACGCCUGCAGCUCCACUAACUCUUUAAUUGUAAAGCGUGUACAUAAUUUUGGGGAGUUUUUAUAUAACGUUUUUUAGGACUCUGGGUCGUUUCAUGGGGUGAGACGCAGGUGUGAGAGGUACAGGAGUGAGAGGUACAGGAGUGAGAGAUGCAGGAGUGAGAUGCAGGAGUGAGACGCAGGCGUGAGAGAUGCAGGCGUGAGAGAUGCAGGCGUGAGAGAUACAGGAGUGAGAUGCAGGAGUGAGAUGCAGGAGUGAGACGCAGGCGUGAGACGCAGGAGUGAGACGCAGGCGUAAGAAAUGCAGGCGUGAGAGAUGCAGGAGUGAGACGCAGGCGUGAGAGAUGCAGGCGUGAGAGAUGCAGGCGUGAGAGAUACAGGAGUGAGAUGCAGGAGUGAGAUGCAGGAGUGAGACGCAGGCGUGAGACGCAGGCGUGAGACGCAGGAGUGAGACGCAGGAGUGAGACGCAGGCGUGAGACGCAGGAGUGAGAGAUGCAGGAGUGAGAUGCAGGAGUGAGUCACAGGAGUGAGAUGCAGGGAUUGUGGCCGUUUUCCUCUCAGAGGUGGUCGAAUCCAACGCACCUUUUGGCGCCGUGCACCUUAUUUAUCUUCAGUUAUUUAAUAACUUAAUUUAAAGAGUAAAAAGUUCUGAAAUUGAGAUUUUAAAGCAUUUAAGUCACACUUAAAUUUAUUUUGUAUUAAUAUCUGAGGUUGUUCUUGAAACUGAUCACAUUUUAGAGUUUUUAAAUGAAACAUAAAUCCUGCUCUUAGUUAUUAUUGGACUCCUUUCCUCAUUUCCUUUCCUCUGUGGCCUUUUGGGGAACUGAGAUUCCUUUUGUUGCAUCACAGUUAAAAUAUUUAUAUAAUUUACUGAAGAAGUGCCUCUUCCUGUCAUCGUCGUUAUUGUCCUAACUUAUUAUUAUUAUUAUUAUGGGAUGUCGUACUGACGGUCUUCUUGACGCCUGCUUCCAAUAUUUCCCAGUUGAAGCUGCAUACAUAUAUAUAUAUAUAUAUAUAUAUAUAUAUAUAUAUAUAUAUAUAUAUAUAUAUAUAUAUAUAUAUAUAAUAUAAUAUAAUAUAGCCGACUGGCCGUAUUUACUGGUUUGUUUCCGGUUCCAAACUUUUCUCAGCCUUCUGUGUUUUGGGGUCGUUUCUCUGUCAAUUAAACAAUUAAACAAUGUUUUUUCUUUCCAAAACAAA